AUGACUCUCUUUGAUGGCAUUUACGUCUUCUACCCGCAGCAGAGAAAGAGCUUUGUGUUCGACGUCAGCACCAUCAUAGUGAUCAUCGUCUUCCUAACGCUUGCUUGUAGCUUCCUCAUCAUCAUCCCAGGCAUCCGUGGACGAGUGAGGCUGUACUGGCUGGUCCGGGUUCUCCUCAGCCUUGUUGUCGGGGUGGUGAUCGUUGCUGUCCAGUACACAGGGGACUGGGAGAGCGGCUGGGUGACAGCAAACACUUCCUACAAGUCCUUCAGCCAUGCCCUGGUGAAUGCGGACAUCGGGCUGCACAUCGGCCUGGCAGGGGUGAAUGUCACGCUUGUGGGAAACCCAGUGAAUCAGGUCAAUGAGACCAUCAACUACAAUGAGCACUUUGCCUGGAGCUUCGAUGCAGACUAUGACCACAGCUACAGUGAAGGCCUGGAGAAGGGGCUGCCCAGCCCCAUCCUCUACGUGGCAGAGAAGUUCACCACGCAAAGUCCCUGUGGUGUGCACAACCAGUAUCGCAUCUCUGGCCACUAUGCAUCAGCCGCUCUCUGGGUGGCCUUUUGCACUUGGCUCAUCUCCAACAUGCUCUUCUCCAUGCCUGCCCUAGUCUAUGGAGGCUACAUGCUCCUGGUCACAGGGGCUUUCAUGAUCUUUUCAUUGCUCUCCUUUUCCACUGUGAAGAACUCCCCGAUGUGUGAGAUCCAAUUUGGGCCUGCAUCCCUUCACACAGGCUAUGGGGGAUCUUUCUGGCUCACACUGGCGGUUGGCUUGCUCUGUUUUGUGGUUGGGGUCACUGUUGUUGCACUGCACUUCUUCAACUUGGACCUGCUGAAAACUGUCUUUGAUCUCCAUGUGGAUGAAGUGGAGGAGUGCCAAGAGAUGGCUGAAGUGUACGUCAACCCUCAGUUCAUGAAUAAUGCGCUGUCUCCUCCUCAGCCCUCCGAACUCAGCCCUAAGAGUAUCUAG